UUCAGCUUUGUUAAAAAUUGCUGUGGUUGGCGAGAAAACUAUAUUAGUUUGUUAGUAUUAUAAACUUCCAAAUUUUAACUUUUUUUCUAACCUUACGUCCAACUGACGCAUAUACUCGCCACACUGAGCGCACUACAUAAAAAAAUCUCAUGGUCAUUCAAUUUGCCAAUUAGCGCAGAGCAGUUGGAGUUGGGUAUUUGACAGUAUCUCGUGUUGAAUUUAUUUUUCUUAUUUCUUAGGCAAUAUUCAUAUCAGAGAAAUGUCUUCAAAUUUGCCAACACUCAUAGGAUUAGGAUUAGUUCUUGCAACAGGUCUUGCUAUGUCCUGGGCUCUGUUUAGAAGAAAAAAAUGGCGUGCUGUUGGAAAACUCACAAAAAUGUAUAUUUAUCCUAUAAAGUCUGGAAGGUAUAAAGAGAUUGAUGAAGCAGAUUGUACCCCAGUCGGAUUGAGUUUCAAUGUUGGUAAUGGAAAACUCCCACUAAGAGACAGAGUUUUUGUUGUAUACAAUUCUGAAACAAUGGUGUUUUUGUGUGGAAAGUUUAAUACUAAAAUGCUGCAGAUGGACGUUGAACCGAAGGAUGACAAGACACUAAUUCUUUCAUAUCCUGGUAAAGAGAACAUAGAAAUUACUUUGCCUGAAAAACGUGAUGAUAAAAUGAUUACAUUGUGGGAUAAGGAGAAGGUACGAGUCGAUGAUUGUGGUGAGGAUGCUGCUAGAUGGGUUUCUGAAGCAGUUGGCGGAAAGGACUGCGAAUUCAGGCUUGGUUACUUUCCUUUGAAUGAGGGUUGGAGGAGGGACAUUUCAUAUCGUAAAUUGGAGUUUCAAGUUUUCAAAAGCCUGAGCAAUAAAUAUACGGGUGCUUUUUCAGACAUGGCUAGUUACAACUAUGUCAAUGAGGCUUCAGUUGAAGAAUUAAACACAAGACUAACCAAUGGUAACAAAACAAAAGCUCUAAAUUUCAGACCGAAUUUUGUCAUUGAAGGGCCUAAAGCAUACGAAGAAGAUAGUUGGCGUUGGAUUAAAAUUGGAGAUGCUGUAUUUGAGCGAUUUCGGCCCUGUACAAGGUGUAUUUUUGUUACAAUUGAUAGUGAUACUGGAGAAAAAAAUAAAAAUAAUGAACCUCUUAGUACACUGAGAAAGUACAGAACAAUGAAGAUGCUGGGCGAAGACAGGAUUGAACCACAUAUUCCAGUAUUUGGCCAAUUUGCAGGACUUUGUCAGGGUGGGAAAGUUAGGCGUGGAGACAUAGUUUAUGUUUCAGACUAAACCAGUAAAUUUAUAUAAAUUUAACAACUUUUUAUAAGUUCAAACUUUGUUUUAUGCCUAUAAAGAAACAAAAUAUCAUUUUUGUUAUUUACAAUGUUUGUAACCAUAUUUCAUUAAUACAAUAAUGUAUUUAUCGAUAUGUUAUUAACAAUAUAUUUUCAUUUAUUUGUCAAAGCUGAUCUGUAUUUAAAAGCAUUCACAAGUUGUCAGUUAACAAUUUCAUAAUCAAAUCUUUUAUUUGUUUACUUUUUAAAAAAAUGGCUUAUA